AUGAGGCUGCUGCAAACCAAAUCCCACGAGCUCUUCGAAGCCAGCGAUGUCCCUGUUCCAUUUCCCUCCUAUGCCAUUCUGUCUCAUACAUGGAUAUCACCUAAAGAUGAAAUCACAUACCAAGACAUGAAGACCAGAACAGGAGAUAUCAAGAAUGAUGUGUACAAGCAGAAGGGUUGGGCAAAGUUGAAAGAUUAUUGCGACCGGGCUUCCAAAGAUGGCUGGGAGUGGGCUUGGAUGGACACCUGCUGCAUCGACAAGACUAAUCCAGCUGAUACUCAAGAAGCUAUCAAUGCCAUGUUCCGAUGGUACCAAAAUGCCGGCGUCUGUUAUGCUUAUCUGAGUGACGUCGACUUUGUCUCUCUCCCUGACGAUACGGAUCUUGACUCCAGCACGAACAGGCUUCGAACAGCCGGUAAGAAUGACUUUAUCGGUGCUAAAUGGUUCACCAGAGGCUGGACGCUACAGGAACUUCUCGCCCCGCACUACCUAAUUUUUGUUGACAGUCAGUGGCGCCAUAUGGGUACUCGAGAAAGCUGGGCUCUUGAGAUUGAGAAGGCCAGUAAGAUUGAAGCACGCCACUUGAAUGCCUUCAAUCCGACGGACUUUGCGUCUUGCUCUACCGCGAUCAGAUUCUCUUGGGCUUCUGGCCGGGAGACAACGGUGGAAGAAGACGAGUCAUACUCAUUGUUGGGCCUUUUUGGGAUCAGCCUUCCUCUCAUCUAUGGUGAAGGGGGCAGACAGGCUUUCAACAGACUCCAGCGUCAGCUUAUUCAUGUCUACCACGACGACUCCGUUUUUGCUUGGAAAAGCUCCCAGCCAGAUCCCAAGCCAGGAGUCGGGAUACUUGCUCGCUCAGUAAAGGACUUCUGGGAUGCUUCGAAAGUUACAGCAGGACAAUACGGCAAUGCGUACUCCAUGACGAACAGAGGUCUGGAAAUCACUUCCAAGUAUUGGAGACAGCGAAGCAAUCCCGACGGAGUAAUUGUGCGUCUGAAUUGCAGAAUUGGCUCCGCUUCCGACACCGAGAACAAAGAGACAGGGAUACAUCUCACCCGCGACGCUGUCGCCGACGUCUACUAUCGAUCACGUAUUCAUGAGCUCUGCGAUAUAGGUCAACUUGACCUCAGGGAUUGGUAUGGAGAAGGACGAUUUCGCCAGCCUCUUUUUAUCCGCGCCGAUAACUAUUUGGAGACAGCUACGUCAUCAGCCAUGUUCGUGAUAGAAUAUCCCGAGCAAAUCCAAAUUGUCGCAACAUAUGUCGCCACCUUCGGACAUUCUUUCACAAACCGCGGGAUCCGGCCUUUCAGCAAUCUCACAAAUGGGACAUCUUCUAACGGAUUUAAAACAAAAGAACUGUCUAUUGAGCCAAACAGUGUAGUCUUCCUUAACAUUGAGCUUGAAGAAGAAGGCACCAGAUUACAGGCGGACGUGAUCAUUAGCCUUACAGAAAGCUGCUUCCCAUAUGUCGGGACCUUGGGGAGGGGUGCACAGCCAUGGGAACGGCUGGGAGACCCAAUGAAUGACUCCGUGGGCAACGCCAUGUACAAUGCAUUGGCAAGUCAUGUCCAUCGAACUCGCCCAUCUGAUUCAACAUAUCCAUUGGUCCGCAUGACUAAAGUCGAUAAUUUGUCUGUCGCUACGAACAUCCUUCCCAAGCCCCCACGAAGGAGUGCCGAGUUUCAAGGGCGCAACCCAACAUUGAGAGAAUACGUGUUGAGAGUUUCGGUUACCCGAUGGGCAAGAGUUAGGGAGCGACAUAUACCGAUAUGGUCUUCAGAUGGUGAUGAGAACUCUCGAAAAAGACAAAGGGUAUCGUAG